UCAAUUUGCAUCUUCCCUCCCGCCGUCCUCCCCCUCGUCGUCGUUGUCGACGCCAUGCCUCUCACUCAUUCGAGAAUGCGCGUCCCAACCUCCGCAAAAGCGGCUCCGGCCAUGACCCUUGCCCGGAAUCGGUCGACAGCGGCCAGCACAAGCUCGUCUAUGCUCGAGGCAAGGUCGAGAGUAAGAGAGCAUGCACGCAAUAUCAGUCGCUCUACUGCCCGUGAGGCUACUGCAACAGAGGGAGUACGUCCGGCACCAGCGCCUGGGUUCCAGCAGGUGCCGUCGAAGAAUAACGUACCCAUGCCUCCCCCCAUGCUUGGGCCCCAUCCUGAGGGUCCCCUGGACCAUUCAUUCGUUGGUCUGUCAGGUGGUCAAAUCUUCCACGAGAUGAUGGUCCGUCAUGGCGUCAAGCACAUUUUCGGGUACCCCGGCGGUGCGAUCCUCCCCGUCUUCGAUGCGAUCUACAACUCGCCCCAGUUCGACUUUAUUCUGCCCCGGCAUGAGCAAGGAGCAGGCCAUAUGGCCGAGGGCUAUGCGCGUGUCACAGGCAAGCCCGGUGUCGUGCUGGUGACCUCCGGUCCCGGAGCGACAAACGUCGUGACGCCCAUGCAGGAUGCUUUGAGCGAUGGUAUCCCGCUGGUCGUGUUCUCUGGACAGGUCGCGACAUCUCUUAUUGGCUCGGAUGCGUUCCAGGAGGCCGACAUCAUCGGCAUCUCGCGCUCAUGUACCAAGUGGAACGUCAUGGUCAAGGACGUCGCUGAACUUCCGCGGAGAAUCAACGAGGCGUUUAAGGUCGCCACGUCCGGUCGCCCUGGUCCCGUUCUGGUAGACCUGCCAAAGGAUAUCACAGCCGGCAUGCUGAAGACACCUCUGCCGUACAAGGCGACUACCCCUGGCCGUCCCCUCGGCCUGCCGUCAAACCCCCUAUUUUCCUCCGAACAACCCACCGACAUGAUUCAGAUCGAGCGCGCAGCAAACAUGAUUAACCAGGCGAAGCGGCCGCUGAUCUACGCUGGCGCCGGUGUUCUCUCGUCAUCCCUGGGCCCGAAGCUGCUAAAGCAGCUCGCGCAGCAGGGCAACAUCCCUGUGACCACCAGUCUGCAGGGCCUCGGUGCGUUCGACGAGAUGGACGAGAAGAGUCUGCACAUGCUCGGCAUGCACGGCUCGGCAUACGCGAACAUCGCGAUGCAGCAAGCCGACGUCGUGAUCGCCCUCGGUGGGCGGUUCGACGACCGUGUAACGUGCAAGGUCGACAGGUUCGCGCCCGCAGCGCGUGUGGCCGCAGCGGAGGGUCGGGGCGGCAUCAUCCACUUCGAGAUCCAGCCCAAGAACAUCAACAAGGUCGUCGAGGCGCAGAUCCCCGUGCUCGGCGAUGUCGUGACGAACAUGGCGUCGCUCGUGCCCCUGAUCCGCACCGCGUCGCGCGAGCAGUGGUUCGCGGACAUCAAGAAAUGGAAGGCCGAGUACCCGUUCACGUACGUGAAAUCGACGGACAAGCCCGGCUCGAUGGUGAAGCCGCAGGAGGUCAUCGAGGAGCUGGACAGACAGACGGCGGACCGCAAGGAGGACGUGAUCAUCACGACGGGCGUCGGCCAGCACCAGAUGUGGGCCGCGCAGCACUACCGGUGGCGGCACCCGCGGAGCAUGGUCACCUCCGGUGGUCUGGGGACGAUGGGCUUUGGCCUGCCCGCAGCCAUCGGCGCGAAGGUGGGUGCGCCGAACAAGAUCGUCGUGGACAUCGACGGAGACGCGUCGUUCAGCAUGACCGCGAUGGAACUGCAAACCGCGUCGCAGUACAACAUUGGCGUCAAGGUCAUGGUGCUGAACAACGAGUUCCAGGGCAUGGUCCUGCAAUGGCAAGACCUGUUCUACGACGCGCGGUACUCCCACACGCGCAUGAAGAACCCCGACUUCGUCGCGCUCGCGCGCGCGAUGGGCGUGCACGCGAUCCGGGUGAGCUCCGCGGCGGAGCUGCCGGAGAAGAUGAAGGAGUUCCUCGAGUACGACAACUCGCGGCCGGUCCUGCUCGAGUGCAUGGUCGAGACGAACGAGCACGUCUUCCCGAUGGUCCCCGCGGGCAAGGCGCUGCACGAGCAGAUCCUCCACAAGUCUCUGAUGGGCAAGUACGAUCCGAAGGGGCUCAUGAAGGCGUAGGCCUUGCUCCCCGGGUCAUGACGAAUAUCGCUCGCAGUCUCCCUUGUUUUCGAGGCUGUCGUAUCUCCUGAAGACUUCGCACCUAUUUUUGCAUCUGGGGUUUAUGGUCGAUCCCUCGCAUUCUUCGCAUGGUUACUGGUUCUGUCGUGCAUGAUCUCAUGAACAACGAGAAGAAGCAAAAGGUCCCCUCGUGCGGGACUACCACUGUAGCUAUCAUAUCCAAAUUUACGCACAACUAUUUCGUAGGUAGUCGAGUUGAGAGAAAAGCAAUCUAUGAAUUGCGGAGGAGGUUCCUAAAAUUCACUGUCAUA